CUGGGAGGCGGUCUGUAAAUCACGACUUCCGAGUGAACCGCAGUAUCAGAGGGGCGCUGCUCUGGGAACCUGAGAUGGAGCCGCUACCUCGACCAACAAUCUUUGAGUUCCACGGAGUCUACAUGACCAACUACUUCACUGAAAACUGGGACAACAUACAAAGCUUCGAAGCGAGACCAAGUGAUAUUGUCAUAGCUACUUUUCCUAAAGCAGGGACAACAUGGGUCUCUUACAUCCUGGAUCUUCUGUAUUUUGAGGAUGUGUGUCCCGAGCGUAUCGCAUCCAUCCCCAUUCAUGAGAGAGUGCCCUUCCUGGAGAUCAGCGCACCUUUUCACACCAAAGGCAAAGACCUGGCGGACCAACUACCCACCACUCCUCGUCUAAUUAAAACUCAUCUACCAAUCCAGUUUUUGCCGAAGUCCUUCUGGGAGCAGAACUGCCGGAUUAUCUACGUCGGUCGUAACGCAAAGGACUCGGCAGUGUCCUAUUUUCAUUUUGGCCGGAUGAACUUUAUCCAGCCAGAUCCACUUAACUGGAGCACCUUCCUGCAGGAUUUCAAGGAGGACAAGAUUGUGUUUGGAUCUUGGUAUGACCACGUGAACGGCUGGUGGGAGAAGAAACAGACAUAUUCCAAUAUUCACUACAUGUUCUAUGAAGACCUGACUGAGGACACGGGACGAGAGAUAGACAAGCUCUGUUCCUUCCUCGGUUUGUCUCCUUCAGCCGAAAAGAAGGAAAGAGUCGCAACUGGAGCGAAGUUUGACAACAUGAAACAAGACAAAAUGGCCAAUUAUUCCACUGUUGAAGUGAUGGACCACAAGGUGUCUCCUUUCAUGAGAAAAGGGAAAGUUGGUGACUGGAAGAACCACUUCACUGUUGCUCAGAAUGAAGAGUUUGACGAAGACUACAAGAAAAAGAUGAAGAAUCCCACACUGAAGUUUCGCACUGAGAUUUAGAAGUCUGGCCCGUUUGCUAAAUGAAACAUUCCUGAACUGGUAUUUUAUCAAAUAGUUUGAGCCAGAGCCUUAUUUUAGAUUUUUGGUAACAAGAAAAUUAUAUAAUCAGUCUGAUUACAAUAAUUAUAUCAAUUAUCAAAGUUUGACUUUUACUGAUAUAAGCCUUGAUAUUUUACUGUGAUGUUGAUCAAUCGAUCAAUCAAUUAAUUUUAGUUUGUAGAGCACAUUUCAUACAGAAGUAAUCUCAAUGUGCGAAGAAUAUAGGAAACAUUAAAGGAAUGAGAUAGAAAAUGCAUAUUGAUACUCUGCACCGAUGAAAUAACCAACAGGAGAUGUAUGAGACAUGAACACACUUACACACACUCACACACACACACACACACACACACACACACACACACACACACACACACACACACAACACACACCCAAUUAACUACCUGAAGCCUGAGAGAAAAUAAAUGUUUUAAAUUUGCUUUUUAAAGAAAAAGCAGUUGGCACAGGCCUCAUCCCAGAUCAGAGAUAAUGGUCAUGGUGACUACAUGCAUCUUCACCUGAAUUAUUUUUUAAUUCCAGCUACAAUAAGGAGACACAUGCUUGAGGAUCUGAGGGAUCCAGUUGUGUUAUAGUCAGUGAGCAGGUUAGAAAUGUACCAGGGAGCCGUACCAUUCAGGGCCUUGUAAACAAGUGGAAAUACUUUGAAAUCCAUUCAUUACUGUACCAGCAGCCACAGUCUCUUUGUCAAACUUAAUUUGACAGAAAUGAACUGUAUCUACUGUUAAGCUGUGAUCUCAUGGUCCUGAAAACAAUGUCGGUCUAAAUAAAGGAACUAACCUAUG